GUCAGAGGUGACGGGCUGCGCAUCGAGGCCACGGGCUCUGCAGUACCGGCACGAUGGGCACGGCUGCCCUGCUGCCCCCACACGGCUGCAACCGCGGGGUCCUGGGGCAGGGCCCGUCCGUGCCGGGCUCCCCCAGCUCCCGGGGCAGCGCGGUGGGGCCAGAGCUGCUGGCCACGGAGGUGCUGUGGACUGGAGAUGGAGCUCACUGGAGCUUGUGGGAAACAUGAGGCUGUUUCCAAGGGCUCUGGUCUGUGUCUGGUUCGUGGUUCUCUAGCUGGUUGCAGGGGAGAGUGGGCACAGUGCGCUGUGGGGAGAUGCUCUGGUGCCCGAAGAGCCUGGCCACUGGUCUGCAGUGUCCCAGGGGCUGCGGAAAGCCACGUCACCAGGAGCAUCCUCCCGGUUGCUGUGGGGACACAGGGGCUGCUGCACUCCUCGGGCCCCUCUGGGGCUCAUUACUGCUGAGGGGAGCCCAGGGAGAGACAGGCGAGGACGUGGUGCUGGAUAAGCUCUGUCUUGGUUUCCCGCACAGCCUCCAGCAUAGCCCACAAACCAUAGCCCAUGGGCACAGCCCUGAGGAUGAGCAGAGAGCAUGGACCAGUGCAGAUGGACCCCGGCAGCUCAGCCCCUUGCAUCCUUGGCCAGCCAGGCAUGGGGCAAGACCCGGGCCUGGUGCAUGGCUUGUGCUGGGGAGCAGGGGAGCACAGCCCUACCCUGGCACAGUGUGCUGCCGGGGCUGUGCCGGAGCCUGGCUAAUGGCACGGCUGGCGGGGGGCCAGACUGCGGCACAGGGUCUGCCGGGGCUGGGCUGUGGAGGGGCUGCAGCAUAACCUGCCAUGGUCCAGCCUCACCUGCUGCUCUCGCCCGCAGCACCGGGAUCCCCAGCCAGGCUGAGGUGCCCAGCCGGCACCCAUGGCCCCAGUGCCCGAUGUGGAAGGUGCCUCCUGUCUGCUCUUGGCCCCCGAGAAGCUCAUUAGUGAUGCUCCCGCCUCCCGCCCUGGUCCCUGUGGAACGGGCAUCGAGUGCAGGAGGCUCUAAUGGCUCCAAGUGGCUCUUGAUGGGCCGUGAUGGAGGCGGGAGAGGAGGGGCUGUGGUUUCUGCCUUCCCCGGAGCCAGACCUGCUGCUGCUCAGGGUCAGCCGGGAAGAUGCUGGGUGGGCUCCUGCUCCGGCUGCUCUUUGCCAUGGCGCUGUGCCCCGGCCUCUGCGGGACAGGCUCGGUGCAGAACCUGCACCUCUGCGAGGGCUACGCGGGCCCCGACGGCCGCUACCACCCCGGCUUCUACUGCCCGCGGCUGACAGACCCUGCCGGGCACCGCUACUGCUGCCGGCCCGGCCCGCGCACGCUCAAGUCCUGCUGCUCCCAGGGAGCCCUGGAGGCCCUCACCGGGGUUAACCUCUCCAGCCUGGCCACCCCCGACCUCCUCCGAAACCCCCUGGCGCUGCCCUUCGUGGGGCUCUACGGGCUCCUCAUCCUCCUCCUCAUGGCCAUCGACCUCGUCCAUUUCUACCGCACCCGGCACUGCCGCCUCCUGCCCCUUGGCCGCCGCCUGCCCAGCAGCCUCCCGGGGGGGCACCGGCUCCGGUCCCGCACCCCGCAGCCCCGCGGCACCGGGGCUCCCGGGCGGGGCUGCUGA